GUAAAGCCUGAACAGGAGCUUCUUUUUCUAUACUAUAUUAAUUCCGUUGUUAGACUGCACACUCUCUCCAUCUCAAAAGUUAACAAAAGGGUACUUUCUCUUCUUUCUUCUCUUAACAUUUCACCCUUGCUUAGCUUCUUUGCCAAUGGAAGAAGCUUAAUGGGGUUUUUCUCUGCUUCCACUUCUUCAAAGCUGUUUCCUCAUCAUUCCAAAUCAGGGUUUUUACUUCUGUGGGGUUUCUUUAGUUUCUUCAAGUAAAGUUUGGUUCUUGAAAAGUAAAGCACAUCAUGUGUUGUUAAAGAGUUGAGCUUUUGUUGUUUCUGUGUUCAUCUUGUUGUGUUUUGGAAUUUUUUUUUUCGUUUAAGUUUUAAAAUGGAAGGUGUGUACUUGGUGCAUUUAGUGGUAAUGGUGCUUAGUUUAGGGGUAUUAGCAGGCACUUUGUGUCAAGUUGAUGAUGGUUCAGAAAAUGGAACUACAGCUGUUUACAUUGUUACUCUUAAACAAGCUCCUGCUUCUCAUUACUAUGGAGAGCUUAGAAAGAAUACUAAUGUUUUUAAGCAUGGCGCUCCUAGGAAUCCAAAGCAAUCUCACAACCCAAGGAAUGAUUCGAGAUCCAAUCAGAGUUCUAGUUCGUACAUUGCUCGUGUUCAUGAUUCAUUAUUGAGGAGGGUGUUGAGAGGGGAGAAAUAUCUCAAGCUGUACAGCUAUCACUACUUGAUUAAUGGGUUCGCUGUUCUUGUUACCCCAGAACAGGCCAACAAGCUUUCGAGGAGGAAAGAAGUGGCAAAUGUGGCUUUGGAUUUCUCUGUUAGAACUGCAACCACGCAUACUCCACAGUUUUUGGGUCUACCACAAGGGGCUUGGCCCAAAGCAGGUGGAUAUGAAACUGCUGGUGAAGGAAUCGUGAUCGGCUUCAUUGACACAGGCAUUGAUCCAAGUCAUCCCAGCUUUUCUGAUGACUCAUCUUUGAACUCGUAUCCUGUUCCUAGCCACUUCUCAGGCAUUUGUGAGGUUACUCGGGAUUUUCCUUCUGGUUCCUGCAAUAGGAAGCUCAUCGGGGCUCGUCAUUUUGCUGCAUCAGCUAUUACCAGGGGAAUUUUCAAUUCGAGCCAGGACUAUGCUUCACCGUUUGAUGGUGAUGGCCAUGGAACGCAUACAGCCUCUGUUGCUGCAGGAAACCAUGGGAUUCCAGUUAUAGUUGCCAGGCAUCAUUUUGGAAAUGCCAGUGGGAUGGCUCCUCGUGCACAUGUUGCUGUUUACAAGGCAUUAUACAAGAGUUUUGGAGGUUUCGCUGCCGAUGUUGUUGCUGCUAUAGACCAGGCAGCUCAGGAUGGGGUUGAUGUUUUAAGUUUAUCAAUCACACCCAACAGGCGUCCUCCUGGUAUUGCAACAUUUUUUAAUCCCAUAGACAUGGCAUUGCUCUCAGCUGUGAAGGCUGGCAUUUUUGCUGUGCAAGCAGCAGGCAAUACUGGACCAUCGCCUAAGAGCAUGUCUUCCUUCAGUCCAUGGAUCUUCACUGUUGGUGCAGCUUCUCAUGACAGAGCCUACAGUAACUCUAUAAUACUUGGCAACAAUGUAACCAUUCAUGGAGUUGGGCUUGCUCCUGGAACACAUAAAAAUACCAUGUUGACCCUCAUUUCUGCACUUCAUGCUUUGAACAACGAGACAACAGUUGCUACUGAUAUGUAUGUGGGUGAAUGUCAAGAUUCUAGUAACUUCAAUCAGGAUUUGGUCAAAGGAAACCUCUUGAUCUGCAGCUAUUCAAUUCGCUUUGUGCUUGGACUCUCAACAAUCAAACAAGCUAUAGCAACAGCCAAAAACCUCAGUGCAGCUGGUGUUGUGUUCUACAUGGAUCCGUUUGUUAUUGGCUUUCAGCUUAAUCCAAUUCCAAUGAGAGUGCCUGGGAUCAUAAUUCCAUCCCCAGAUGAUUCGAAGGUUCUACUCCAAUACUACAAUUCUUCUUUGGAGAGAAAUGAAACUACGAAGAAAAUUACUAGAUUUGGUUCUGUUGCAAGCAUUUUAGGUGGACUAAAAGCAAACUACUCUAAUUCUGCUCCCAAAGUUAUGUUUUACUCUGCUAGAGGACCAGAUCCAGAAGACAAUUUUCUCGAUGAUGCUGACAUUUUGAAACCCAAUUUGGUAGCUCCUGGAAAUCUAAUAUGGGCUGCAUGGAGUUCACUUGGCACAGACUCGGUUGAAUUUCAAGGUGAGAACUUUGCAUUGAUGUCUGGAACGAGUAUGGCUGCUCCUCAUAUUGCCGGGCUUGCUGCGCUGAUCAAGCAAAAGUUUCCCAGUUUCAGCCCUGCGGCAAUUGCCUCUGCACUAUCCACAACAGCUUCUUUAUAUGACAAUAAUGGUGGGCCAAUAAUGGCUCAGCGUGCUUAUUCCAACCCAGAUAUAAAUCAGUCUCCAGCUACGCCUUUCGACAUGGGAAGUGGUUUUGUAAAUGCAACUGCAGCUCUGGAUCCGGGUUUGAUUUUUGAUUCAGGUUAUGAUGACUAUAUGUCAUUUCUUUGUGGAAUUAAUGGAUCUAGUCCUGUGGUAUUGAACUACACAGGUCAAAAUUGUUUGUCUUAUAACUCAACCAUCAAUGGCACUGACCUGAAUCUUCCCUCCAUUACAAUCGCUAAACUAUAUCAGUCUAAAACAGUCCAAAGAUCAGUGACUAACAUUGCUGGCAGUGAAACAUAUAAAGUUGGCUGGAGUGCGCCUUAUGGAGUAACCAUAAAGGUGGCACCAACCCACUUCUGUAUUGCCAGUGGGGAAAGGCAAACCUUGAGUGUGUUCUUUGAUGCGAAAAUGAAUAGUUCUACUGCCAGCUAUGGAAGGAUAGGACUUUUUGGAGAUCAGGGUCAUGUUGUCAACAUUCCAUUGUCAGUCAUUGUCAAAGUCACAUAUAAUACCACAACUAACAUCUGAGGACUGGAGUGCACCUUAUGGAGUGGCCAUAAGAGUGGCUCCGACCUGCUUCUCUAUUGCCAGUGGGGAAAGGCAGGUGUGUUCUUUGACAUGACAAUGAAUAGUUUUACUUCCAGCUAUGGAACGAUAGGACUUUUUGAAGAUCAGGUUCGUGUUCUCAACACUCCAUUGUCGGUCAUUGUCAAAGUCUCACAUAAUACCACAACUAACGUCUGAGGAUUGAGAAACUGGUGCCUUCUUUUAUCCUUCUUCGUAUCAAUGCUAUCUGCUUUGUUAGCUUUUUGUAUCAUUCCCUUUUGCUUGUGAGAUGUCAUAACAAAUUUUUUGAUUCAUUCUGUAUCAUGUAAAUGUAAAAACAUUUUCCAUAUGUAGAUACAACGAUUGAUUAGUAAUUCUCUUGGCCUUUUUGUA